AAAGAACAAAUAAUUUAUAAACUAAUCAACCAGAGCCAACUUUUUCUCUUAAGGAAACAAUACCAAACAAUGUUAUGAGAGUGGAUCAAGAUAUCAAUUGAGCAAUGUGCAUCCAGCAGAGAUAAAGGAGAAAUUCCGGCAGAUGGAUAGGAAUCACACAAAGGAAGGGCAACAGAAAGGGCGGGAAGAGACCGUGAGACUGGAGAAUCUGAAAAAAGUAGCACAGGAAGCACAGGAAGCAGAAACAGCACAGGAAGCACGAGUUGGGCGUUGCACGAGGGUCUGGGCUCCAGAAACAGCUCUGAAGUGGGCAAAAAGACAACGGAAAUGGUGCACAGGCGGAGCGGCGACGGCAGGGGGAGCGCGGAAUAAACCCUUUCCAAACAAAAUCAGCACCAGUGACGCAAUAGGCGUCGCUCCCGCUUUGUUCGCGCGAGUUAGAGCUCUGCCAUAGCGGUCUGAAACCUAGUACCAGUGUUGGGGUGGCGCCGCAGAGAGCUGCAGGAACAUGUUGUGAUGCGCUGUGAGUUUGGAUAUCACCAUUACGCAAUUGUUCGGUGUUUCGCUCGUUCGAUUACGUACAUUUCGCUCAGUCAAAUUAGGAUCCCAAGAGCAAUUGUACUCAACAAUAGUUCGUAGAUAUCUGAUUGCAAAUAUGAC